AUGUACGGUCUAAAGUAUCUUUCAGUCCUGAGUCUUGUGCUUCUUGCCGUCACAGCCAAAGAAGCGGCUCAAAAGACAACUGUCGGGAUUGAAACCGAGGAAAAGAGUUUUGGAAAGAGCGUGCCAUUGGAUGACUGUGAAGAGAUUGAUGAAGAUGAGGUUUUUACCAUCUCGGUUCAGAAGCAUUGUCGGGUAUUCACUGGUUCAGCUUGCACCGGUCGAAACACCCUUUUGACUCCUGGCGAUCACUCGAACAAGGAGCCUGUUCCUAUUAUUUCAAUCUACUGCCACUCGAAGCGACCUUUCUAA